AUGAAUCAACCACAACAGGUGGUUGGAACCAAUAUUUAUGGUUUAAACUAUGCUAAUAUGAAUCAACGGGAGAUGAUUGAACCGAAUGGUUAUGAAUUGAGCCAAUUCUGCGGGAAUCAACAAGAACAAGGAAUUAGAUCCAACAUUUAUGGACUGAACCAAGUACACAUGAAUCAGCAGCCACAAAUGAUUGGACCUACGGUUUACGAGUUUCACCAGGUCAAUCUAAACCAACAACAGCAAGUGAUUGGAUCCUUAAACCAGGUGAAUAUGAAUCAACAACAGAAUAUUAGACCCAGCAUUGAUGAACUGAAACAGAUCGACCAGACCAGGAUAAAUCAACAACAAAAAGAAGAAAUGAUUGCACCUAAUUAUUUGGAGAAUCUUAUAGGUUUGCAGCUAAAUAUUGGGGAGAUGCCAAAGAAUAUGAGCUUGAAUCUUGAUCAGACUGUCUUGGACAACACUACAAAUUUGACUAUGACGAGCAACCAAUUAUCUAAGCCAGAGAACAUGGUUAAUCUUAUGAUGGUGAAUAAUAAAUAUGAGUACAGUUCAAAUCGCAAUAAUAACAUGAGCUUCAACAACAGCCAACCUGGGAUUAGCUCUAGAGAUGCAUGUGGAUCGACGAAUAUGAGCUUCAAUAAUCAAUUGGGAAUGACUUUUAGUGAUUCUUAUGAUUCAAGAAAUAUUGGAAAUCAUUUGAUGGGUUUCAACAAUCAGUAUGGGGUGAAUUUUUUGGAUGACCCAUGUGGAUCAAACAUGAAAAACUUGGGUAUGAAUAAUAAGUCUAUUAUGAAUUUCAAUGAAAUGAGAAACUUGAGCAUUGGCUAUCAGUCAAUGGGAAGUCUCGUUGAUGAAUUUGGAUCAAGCAUUAACGUCGUAGAUAGUGGAUUAGACCAUCAAUUUGGGUUUGAAGACAUGGUGGGCAUGAGCUUAAUAAAUGAUUACAAGGCACUAAACCAAGAUUCUAAUAUAAACUUUUGUGGUAAAGAUGGGUUGAGCUCCAUUGGAAGUGGGAGCUUAAACAUGAGUGAAAAGCAGAACAAUAUAAUGGCAGCUAAUAAGAGUGUUGGUAGUGGAUCGAACAACAUGGCAGCAGAAAGAAGUUUUAAUGAUAAAAGCAAGUCAAAUACUAUGAAAAAUGUGACACUGAGCAAUGAAGAUGAGUUCAACAACGUCAGAAAUAAGCUUUUUAACAAUCAAAAUGGAUUAGACAUGGAAAAUACAAGUUAUAGCGGAGAAUAUGGAUUAGAGAGCAUGAGUUUUGAGGAUAAAGAGCAUGAGUUUAGACAUACAACAUCAAUUUGGAUUAGAAGAGUUCGAAAAUAUAAUAAUGGAAAAUGA